AUGCCAAGCAGUAUUCAAGAAACUCAGCAUACAUUUUUUAAAGACGCAAGCACUACUACUCAAGUAGGUUUUUCACGAGUUGAUAGAAGUCCGAUAAUACUACACUGCAUAAUGAGUUUCGAUAGCAGUCUCCACUCCAGCAUACCGAACCGGGCGUACCUGGAGAAAGCGGCUCAUGGAUACGAAGGCGAAAACGAUAGUGGAAGCGAAGAUAAGGCUGGGGAAAUCCACGCCAAACACACAGGGAACUUGGAAACGGCUUCCAGGUUGGCCACGCGAGAAAUGGCCGCUUCGACACCGGACUCCGCCAGCACGCUGACACUGUUCGAUGCUGGGAAAGUGCAAACCAGCCUCGGCGUACCGCACACGCUGUUGAACACAGCACAAAAAUGGACAAUGGUUGGGCUGCUGACAUCGGCGGGUUUCUGGUCGUCGUUAGGCUCCCCGAUCUACUAUCCGGCACUGAAACAGCUGGAAAAGCAGUUCGAUGUCAGCGAGGAGCUGGUCAACAUCACCGUAGUGGUGUACCUGAUAUUUCAAGGUGUAGCCCCCACGAUAUGUGGCAGUUUGGCAGACGUCUACGGUCGCAGACCAGUGAUUCUCUUUGGAAUGCUAGUUUACGUGUGCGCAUCCAUCGGGCUAGCAUGCUCGCAAUCUUAUGGUGUGAUUCUUUUUUUGCGAUGUCUACAAAGUGCAGGCAUCUCUCCCAUUAUAGCCAUCAACUCAGGAGUGGUUGGCGAUUUCACUUUGAAGCAUGAACGUGGUACUUUUGUAGGGGCAGUGUCCGGAUUUACACUGAUGGGACAAGCGUUUGGAUCACUUAUUGGUGCGGCUUUAACUGCAGCGUUCGACUGGAGAGCUAUCUUUUGGUUUCUUACUAUUGGUUGUGGAACUUGCAUGAUAAUCAACUUUUUGGUCUUGCCAGAAACCAAGAGAACUCUUGUUGGAAACAUGUCAAUAAGGCCCAAGCACUGGGUAAAUAGAGCUCCGAUUUUCCUUUUGAAAUCAGUUAGACACAAAUUUCACUACGAUAAUCCGGAUUACGAAACUCUGGACCCUAACGUACCCAAAAUCGAUUUAAUCUCAUCCCUAAAAAUCCUAUCGCAUCCCGAAAUCCUGAUGUCAUUGAUGCCGGCUGGCCUGCAGUUUGCACUAUGGACUCUGACUCUCACAUCCAUCUCAUCGCAACUUUCGAUAGCCCCUUAUAACUACAAGCUGACAAUCAUCGGUAUAUGUUACCUACCGGCUGGUAUUGGCGGUUUGGUGGGAUCCUUCAUCACAGGUAAAAUCAUCGAUGUGUAUUACAAAAGGGCCCUGAAAAGGUUCGAGGAAAAGAAACAACAAGGUCUGAUCGCAUCUGACGCAAAGUUCAAUACUUUGAGAGCUCGUCUCUAUACUUCGAUCCCUCAAAAUUUCGUAUCGGUUGUAGCUUUUACGCUAUUUGGUUGGAGUAUUCAGAGAGGUUGGCACAUCUCGGUGCCGUUAAUUACAUCGGCAAUUGGGUCAUUUUGCGCUAUGAGCACUUUGUCUUCGUCGAGCACGCUGCUGGUAGAUCUUUACCCUAACCGGUCUUCUACGGCAACAAGCAGCUACAAUUUCAUUAGGUGCUCUUUGAGUGCUAUUUUCAUGGCUUGCUUAGCAAGAAUGAACAAAGCGCUCACAGUAGGUGGAACAUUCACUCUUGUUAGUGGCUUUAUUUUUAUUGGGAACUUCGUCACUUUCAUUCCAAUGAUAUACGGAAUGAAGUGGCGUGAGAACAGAGCUUUCAAGGCCGAAAGGAAAGCCAUGAUGACAGAAUAA